AUGAAAUUUCUGCAGAGAAUUAAGAGCAAGUACCAAAAAUAUCUGAGAAAUUAAUUUCAUUAAUUGAUAAUAUCUGUUAGUGAAAGUGUCUAAGUGAAUGGUUAGGUUUUAUUGAUUCAAGGAAUAAUUUUGAAAUUCUAAUUGGAAAACUUUCGAAGUCAAAGCUUAAUGUAAAUCUUUAAAUGCAAAAUGAUUAACUAGAAUAUUUAAUUGCAUUCAUAUAGAGGUAAUAACUUAUAGUUAGUUACAAUUAUUAUAAUUUAUCAUAAACUUACAGAAAAUGCUUCAAAUUUACUUAAAUAGAUCAGAUUUUGAGAUUGAUUAAUAUCAAUACUUCAAAUCGAUUUUAACUAAUUAUCUUUAUACUAGUCCCUAAAUUAAUCAAGAAUUGAGCAGUUAUUAUAGAAUUGAUUUGGCAGAAUUUUAAUACUGUGAUCCUUCAAACUAUCAUUCUACAGUUUUUGAAUAUGAAUAUUAUUGCAUAAAUUACAUAAAGGAAAAGAAAUUUGAAAAUUGUGAUUUAAAAAAUGGAUGA